UCCCUGCAGGUGCCAGAGAGAAGAGGAAGCAUCUGAACGGCUUAUCUAGAGCAGCCAGCUUGUCCUAGGCAGUUAGCUCCGCCCUGGGGGUGGGAAGAGCCCAAGAGUGUUCUGAGCAGAAGCUCGCCUCUUCUCUUGCCUCUGCCUUCUGGAUGUUUCCUCCACGGCCAACUGGGCCCAGACCAAGCCUGAAGGAGGCAGCCUGUGAUGGGAGCCCACUCGGAAGACCCCCACCUGUGCCGGGCCUCCCGGCUCCUGGGGUUCAGCAGCCUCGUCCUCACCGCCUUCAGCACUGUGGUCAACGGUUCUGGAACUCAUGGAUCUCAAGUGAAGGAUUCUGGAAACGUGGUUUCCCUGACGGGAACUCAAGGAGGUUCUGUGUCGUUUUAUGUGACCCGAAGUCCAGAAUCACUUCCAGGAGUCACGCUGGAGAAGAUUUCUUGGGGCAUUAAAUCUGAGUCACAUGACACGAUCAUCCUGCAUGUGUCUCCUGGGGAAGAUGUUCCAAAAUGGGUCAACUUCCAGGACAAGUUCGAGAAGAGGGUCCAUGUGCUCAACACCACGACCCUGAGGAUUGACAACCUGACCCUUGAGGACAGUGGGCAGUACUGGGCUCGAGUCUCGUUAACAGGAGGAAGAGAAACGAACUGGUAUUUCCACCUCACUGUCUACGAGCCCGUGCCCCGGCCCCAGAUCCUGGCCGAGACUCCAUCUGUCACACCAGACUGGUGCAAUAUCACCCUGGAGUGCCACGCCCCAGGACCCAGAGAGGACGUGAAUGUGUCCUGGGAGAGCAAGGGCCUCCCCAGGGAGCUGGAGCAGAGAGGGGUCCCGGGACCGGCCCCCAACCCCUGGACCGUGGCUCUGAAGCUGCCCCUGAGCCAGCCCAGCCCCCGCAUCACCUGUGUGGUCAGCAACCCGGGGGACCGGAAAACUGCCACCCGGGACCUUGGGGACGUCUGUGCCCACGGUCCACAUGGGCCGGACGGGUCUGCCCACCUGCCAGCUAUCCUGGGGGCUCUUGUGGUUGUGCUGCUGAUCCUCGGAGCUGGACUGUACCUUCUGUGCUCACGUAGGAGGAAGCAGAGCUUGGAGCCUGGGAGAGGGUCGCAGGAAGAGCACAGGGACUGUUUUGGUGGCGUCCGUUAUGCAGGGAAGAUGUCCCGAGACCACAGGAAGCAGGGUUCGGGGGAACCACAUCUCGAACAGGAGACACCGCUCACGACAGUCUACAGUGAGGUCCGCCACCCAGGCCAGGUCUUGAGGGUGAUUUAACUGGAAGAAGCAGGGAAUCCAGCCUCCCCCCGACACCUCUGUUGUGCGCCUGAUGCCUGCGGCCCUGGUCCUGCCCCCUCCCCCUCUGACUGCUCUCAGCAGGGACAGGAUUCAUCCACCCUCCGUGAAUCUCUAUGGGGACCCGUCGUGCACAAGUUGAGCAGAAGACACACAUCGCGGCAGAUCGAGGGGGACCUUCAUCGUUAAACGAGUCCAAAGCUGUGGUCCGGUUCCGCUCAGCCUCAGCCCCUUUGGCAACCGUCAACGGAGCCCACUCUCCCCACGUGUGUGCCCCGUCCGUUGUCCUGUCCGGACCCUCGGCCCCUGGGACCCAUCGACAUGAAGUCUCAACUUCCAGCCUCGACCGGUUCACCUCCAGCCGGCUCAGUCUGUGCUUGAGAGCUGUGUAAAGAGAAUACAAAGUCGCACAGCCAGGGCUUGCUGAGUCCCGGCCCCGUGACGGGCACUGAUCUCGUCACCCUCCUCAUUCGUCACUCACUGGGCCCUCGCAGACGCUGUGUGAGCUGGGUGUCCUUGCGCCCACUUUGCAGACGAGGAGCAGGAGGCCAGAGAGGCUGAGUCUCAAGGCCGCACAGCUGGGGGAGCCCGAGCCGCACCGCAGCCAGGGCCUGGGUCCCAGCCGUCGUCUGGUUUCCCGAGUCCUGGGAAACCUCCUCCCUUCUGUGUGGACGUGCUGGCACCUGGCACGGCUCCUGUUUCUCAGGAAAAAAGCAGACGUUUCUAGUUCCUACUAGUUAGCUGUCAACUGACUAGUUAUUAAAACCUGCCUCCGUCCCACAAGGCCACAAGGGCACUGUACACACCCCAAUCCUGAUGGGGCUCCCUGGCACCGGGGACCACCCCCUCUUCAUCCCCUUGUGGGCGACCACAUGCCCCACCUGCCCCCACACACCUGCUCAGGGCCUCCGUGACCGCUCCCGGCCUGGAGCACAAACUGUUACAUGUCUGUUCCAUCCUGCUGGUACAAUGGCCCGUCAGUCCCCUCCCCGUUGGCCUCUAUCCUGCCCUCUUGGCAAACUCGCUUACUAGUCUGGGGAAUUUUCUGUAGAUUCCUGGGAUUUUCUACGUAGACAAACAUAAGUAACGUCUGUGAUCCAGACAGCUUUUCCUUUCCCCUUUCCCAUCUAUAUCUCACUUUAUUUCUUUCUCUUGCCUUAGUGCAUCUGCUGAGACUUUCCCUAGAUGCUGCAGAGGAGCGGUGAGCACAAGCACCGUUGGCUCGUUCCCAACAUUAAGGGAAAGCGUCCAGUUGUCCGCCUUCAACAGUGAUGUUCGCUGUCGGCUCUUCUGUCAAUAUGUUUUAUUACAUCACUCAGUUUCAUUUUCUCUACCUUCAUUCUUAUUUCCUCUCUUCCACUUGCUUUGCAUUUGUUUCGCUCUUAUUUGUAUAGGUUUGUAAGAUAAAUGCUUAAAUUAUAAAUUUGGAGCAUUUCUCCUUUGGUAAACCAUGCUUUGAGUCAUGUUCAUUUCCUUAUAAGCACCUUGUUCGCGUCUUUUCCCACGUUUUGAUGUCUUGUAUGUUCAUUUCCGCUCCCUUCAAAUGUUGAGAUAUUUCCCUUCAGGCGCCCUCUUUGACAUGUGGGCUAUGGAGACUUGUUUCGUUUCCUCCAUAAGUGUUUGGAAAUUUCCCGUCAUCUUUCUGUUAUUAAAUUCUACCCGAGGUCUGUCCCA